AUGAGUGGUUAAAAUAAAAUGGAUAACAAUACUCUGCUUUUGUUUACCAGAGCUUAAAAGGUUAAGGAACUUUCAAAUCUAUCUAGAUUCAUAUUUUAUGCAACUAGUAGAGUACCAUAGGAUCCUGCCUUUCUGAAUAAUUUAAUUCUUCCAGAAGAAGAAAUAGCCAAAUCAGAUUGCGAUGCUAUUGAUGAUUUAUAUGGAGAAUAUCCAUAUCUAGUGCAUAAUGACUCAUAUAUAGCUAGAUAGAACAUCUUAAAUUUCUGCAAAGAAAUGACAAAAAUCAAUUAAAAGAUCACUCUAAGCUUAGAAGAUAAAAAUAACAUUGAGCAACUAGAGAUUUUGCUUGUAAAUUAACUCCAUUUGAUCACUAAAUUAACAUACCACGAGGCAGAGUUAGAUGAAAGAAACCAGCUAAUGUUCUACUUCUUACAUCCUUUUACUGCAUUCAGUAAUCUUAUAGAAUUUGGGUAUUUGAAGAAAUAUGCGACUGAGAUCCAUAAUUUACACUCUAAGGUCCAUAGAAUAGAUCAAGCAAAACAAAUUCAUGAAAAGUUAUCAUUCUUACUAGCUGAUAAGAGAACUUUCUUCGAUUAGCCUCAGGAGGAAUUUAAGUAAGGCAGUUAUUUAAAUGAUGAUGAGAAUCCUCUUUUUUCACAAGACUUUAAUGGAAAUAACAAACUUUUUGAAGAUAGAAAGGAAGAGGAAGAUGAAUAAGACUAAGAUCAUUAGAGAUAGAUAUAGAUAACAUCUCUAGAUAUAGUAGCUUAUGCUUACUUGAAGGAGGAGCUGACGAAUAUACCAGAUAGCCCUUAGGUUAUUUAAAUGAAGGAAUCUUACUAAAAUCUUGUUGAAUUUGUGCAUAAACUUGAUAUAUUUUUCGCAUCUAUUAAGCAAGGCAGAGUAAGUGUUGAAAAGCAUAAUAUUUUGAGAUGGAAUACUGAUUAUGAAACAGAAAAAAGGCUAGUGAACUCAUUCCUUUAAAAAUCUGCUUUUGUUAACAAGGCUCAAAACAAAUAGAAAAAAUUGUCUGCUAAAAAGGGAUUUGGCUAAGAGGAGAAAGAGAGAGAAGAGAAAAAUUAAAGUUAAGAAUAACUAUAAAAGAAAUAGGAAGAGAUUGAAAAGGUAAGAAAUGUAUACAUAUCAGUAAUAGCAGGAACAAUAUUCUACUAUCUAAAUUUUGCUCCAAAUCCAUUUAAGAAAUGA